AUGAUUACAAUAAAAAUGCUGAAAGUCAGCACUUUUAAUAUUUUGAACUCUUGCUUGUAUUAUGAGCAUAGAAGUCCGCUUAUAAAGAGAACUAUUGAUGAAAUGGAUAGUGAUAUUGUUGGACUUCAAGAAAUUGAUUAUAAUGGAAACAAAGAUAUCUGCAAUCAUCCAGGUUACAAAUUUAUUUACUCCCCAGCACCAAUACCAUUAAUGUGAACGGAACUAGGAUCAAUAAACUUAAAAAUCGAUGGAAAUGGCAUCCUAAUCAAAAAUGAUAUAAAAAUCCUUGCAGAAGGAUACUUGACCUAUAAAUCAAACACAAGGGUGGCUCAAAGAAUGAAAAUAAGGGUAAAUGGCAGAGAAAUAUGGGUAGUCAACACACAUUUAGACCACAUUACUGAAGAAGAAAGACUUGAGCAAGCAAUGAUGCUAAUUGAUUGGCUUAGACCUAUGAUGAAUUCUGCCAUAAUUGUGAUGGGAGAUUUCAAUUGUGUCCCUGAAUCUGAAACUUAUGAGUUCUUCAGUAGACACUUUAAAUCCUCAAUGAAAGAAGUGCAUGGAAAAGAGCCUGAUGUAACAUGGCCAACAGAAAUGCUUGGAAGUAGAGAAAACUGGGAAAGGUUUGGGGAAGUUGGAUGUUAUGAUUACAUUUGGUUCAAAAACCUAAAUGUGGUUGAAGGCAGAGUUCUCACACAUAUAAAAGAUGGACAGUUUUAUCCAAGCGAUCAUUAUCCAGUUCAAGCUAUAUUUGAUUUAAGCAUUCCUAGUUAA